CCCCCGGCGCGCCACUGAGCACUUGGAUAUGCAUAACUAGUUCCACUUGCGGCCUCCCAACCCAACAAAGUCCUAUAUAAGCGCCUCAGUUCAAGCUCAGUUACCCCACUGCUCGCUCAGCAAUCAUCAGACAUAGAGUACAUAGUUUAAUUCGACACUUGAGGAGAAGUAGAAGCAUGGCGACCCUGUGGAGGCAGCCGAGCCUCGAGUUCGACGUCAAGGUCGUCCGGGUCGCCGGCGUCGAGGCACGGCUCGAGGGCGGCCUCUUUGUGAGGUACUACGUCCCGGCGGGCGACGGGAGGCGGCGGAUCCGCGUGGACACGCGCGAGGUCCCGUGCGGCGCCGGGGGCGACGACGUGCUCUGGGGCGAGCGCGUGCGCUUCCAGCUGGCGGGCAACGCCGGGGCCGUCGCCGCGCCGGGCAAGGUCGCGUUCGAGCUCCGGUGGAGGCCGCGCCCGUCGUCGUCCGGGCUCGCGGCGUUCUUGGGAACAGGGAGGCCGUCGUCGCGCGUGCUGGCGCGGGCCGAGCUCGCCUUGUCGGCGCGCGCGAAGUCGGCGUCGGAGGAGAGCUGGCUGAGACUCUCGCCAGCGGGCCGGGAGCUGGGCGGCGGGUGCAAGGCGCCCAAGUUGCUCGUGGAGGUCAAGGUCGUCCACGCCGUAGCGGCGGCCGAUCGCGUGGCCGUGCAAGCGAGGAAGUUCGGCGGCGUCAACGAGUGCUGCCGUGGCGUCGAGCGCUGCGGUAGCUGCGGCUGGGUCGGCACCGAGGAGGACAUGUUCCUCGCGGCGACGUUUACUCAAUAGCAGCAGCAAGAUUGUAAUGGUAGGUGAACUUCGUAGGAAGGAGGUGCACAUAUGGUUUUGCUAGUUCUUCCUUCAAGAAGUUGUGGAUUUCAGGCAAACUCAGCCGUGAAAUUAUGAAGCAAAUUUUUUUUGCGAAAAAAAUUAUGAAGCAAUUUUGAACAAAGA